CAUCUUUCUGUCUCUGGUUUUUCUCUCCUCUCUUUCUCUACGGCAAGAAGCUCUUGUGCCUGCCAGUGCCAGGCCAUUUUUAUAUCAACAAGUCGCCGCUUUUUUUUAAAGGUUUCUAUUAAUUACAAUGAGAAAUUUCAUGUCUGCCUGCAAGCAAGUACAGCCUAUGGUGAGCUUCCAAGGCCCUCCUGGCUUGCCCAGCAUCAACAUGGAUCCUUUUUUCCGGCGAAAAGAUAAGGUUGUUUUUGUAAUGGGAGCCACCGGAACUGGCAAGUCCAGGCUUGCCAUAGACCUCGCAACCCUUUACCGCGCUGAGAUUAUAAACUCGGACAAAAUGCAAGUCUACAAAGGCUUGGACAUCGUCACCAACAAAGUCACUGAAGAGGAGUGUAGAGGCAUACCUCACCACUUGCUUGGAAAUAUCGAUCCAAACUUCAACUUCACAGCCAAUGAUUUCAAGCAGCAUGCAUCCUUGGCUAUCGAAGAGAUCUUGGAGCGCGACAGGCUCCCCAUCAUCGCCGGUGGCUCGAAUUCCUACAUCGAAGCUCUGGUGGACGACCACCCCGAGUUCAGAAUGAAGUACGAGUGUUGCUUUAUAUGGGUAGAUGUGGCGCUGCCGGUGCUCAACUCUUUUGUAUCGGAGAGAGUGGAUCGGAUGGUGAAGGCCGGUUUGGUGGAAGAGGUGAGGAGAAUGUUCGAUUCCACUGCUGAAGCAGAAUAUACUCACGGAAUCAGGAAGGCUAUAGGCAUGCCUGAAAUGGAUGAGUAUUUGCGGGGCGAGGCUUGUGGUAUCAACGAUGAGGAAACGCAAGAGAGGCUUCUUCAAACAGCUAUUUCCAAAAUUAAAGAAAACCCUUGCAUUUUGGCACACCGCCAAUUGCAAAAGAUUCGUCGGCUCUGCAGCCGUCGAAACUGGAACAUGCAUCGCCUCGACGCCACAGAAGUAUUCUUAGAGCAACGGGUGGAGGCCGAUCAAGCAUGGGAAAAACACGUGGCAAGACCCGCCACGAGGAUGGUUGGUAACUUCCUUGUAGACCCAAUGCCCACAAUUCUUCCAUCCGACGCUCUUGCCACAGCCACCGCGACUACCACCACGACUGUUCUUGCCACAUCUAUGCCCGCCGUGGCCACCGCAACCCGCUAGAUAGAGUAAGUAGGGUCUGGCUCAAUUCGACAUGACGCCACGUGGCAGGCUGCAGCUUUUUUUUUUUCCUUCUUUGUCAAUUUGUUCUCAUCUUAAUCAUCGGCUGUGACUCUAUGGUAAAAAAAAAAAAACAAACAAACAAAAGAGAAAUCAGAAAAAGAACAAAAAGAAAAGACAUAGUUACGGUGAGAGUCGUUGUCAGGUGGUUAAGUUUGCCUUUUUUACAUUGGGUGGCCGUACAGUUGGAAGCAUUUUAGAAAUCCGUGCUGGGUGGCUGCUGCUUUAAAAAGUUGGAAAAGGGUUCGAGAUUCUCUGCUUGCACGCUCUCGCUGGGCCUUCUUCUUCCUUUCACUUUUCUGUGUCGUCCGUCCGUACUGCGCUGUGCGGUGCGCCUGCAAAUCAAUCAUCAAUCAUCAAUAUUGAUGGCAUGGUGAAAAGAGACUGUGGGGCCCAUCCAUAUAUGUGAGUGAGAGUCGUCCAAUAAGCUCUGGGCCCCAUUUAUUGUGUAAUGUAUAUGAGUCAGCAGAGAGAGAGAGGUGGUUUUUUUUUUUGUUUUUUGGCCUUUUUCAUUGUGUGCCGUACGUCUUUUUGACAUGGAGCUCUUCCCUUCUUACCUCCUUUUCUUUUUCAAAUGUAUAUUGCUAAUUUGCUAUGGUAUAUAUGAGAUUGGGGAUUUGGGAA